ACUUGGCAAGCAGCCAACUCAUUACGGCCGACGAGAGUGAUGAAGCGUUUGCAAGCACAGCAUCCGCAGCGGCUGAGCAUGCGGCAAGUAUACUGCAGACUCUAUACACAGUCACAACGGCUGGUGACACUGCGCAGCUCUUGGCUGAAGUUCAAGGUCAGCGAGGUGUGCCCACCAUCCCUCCCACUGCACACUCAACCAACACACAACAAUCACAAUCAACCGAGAUGGUGUGGACCCCACAACUAACGACGCCACAGUCAACUGCGGUUACAGCAUCGGUACGCGGCGCAACAACAAAUGCAAAUACAACGCAGCAAACGGCUAAAUCAUUCACGACCACGUCGCUGGGCAUUGGUCGAGGGAAAAAGUUGAAAAAGAAAUUGAAAAAGUUAAUACUGCCAUUGUUGUUGGCAUACAAGCUAAAAUUCAUAACACUCUUGCCGCUGCUAAUUGGUGGCCUAGUACUCUUGGUCGGUAGCACCGGUAUGGCGGGCUUCUUCUUUGCGCUCUUCCUAACCGUGAUUACUCUGAAGGGUGGCGGCAAUGUGAGUAAGUCAAUUGUAAUAAAGAAAGAUUGGUAAACGGCGAGAAGAUGAAAAGGAAAACGAAUUUUCGGCUAUGUAAUCGCAGCCAACACGGUUAGCUAAUCUCAAUUUGUCUGGUAUACACGAAUUGCUAUGAACUACUUUUCAUCUGCUCUUUGCACCUCAUCGGCAGUAAGUGACAUAUAAAUGUAUGAAAUGAAUUGCGCAAUCGUUCACUUGUAGUAAUUUAGGCAAUGUUGUUGAUUAAGUAAAAUGUUAAUGCCAUUUUUAAUGUUUAAGUUAUAAAACAAUAGCAGCAAUGUUCGAAUAAAGUUUUUAC